CUCGAGGCGUGAACGUGGCAGCCAUUUUACAUCAUCAAGAGUGAAUGACUGAAGCCGGAUCAGUGCCGGGAGUUUUAUAAUUUUUCUGUCUUUUAAAUAUCACAUUUAUCUUCCUAAUUAAUCAGCACCGUGCGACUUGGUGAACCAGCGGCAAGAUUUCUGGAGACAUGGCCACAGAACAUAUUAAUGGAAAUGGUCCAGAAGACCCAAUGGACACCUCUGCUGCAGUUACCCAUUCUGAGCACUUCCAGACUUUAUUAGAAGCUGGUUUACCACAGAAAGUUGCUGAAAAACUAGAUGAAAUUUACAUAGCAGGCUUGGUGUCACAUAGUGACUUAGAUGAUCGAGCAAUUGAGGCUCUGAAAGAAUUCAACGAAGAAGGUGCUCUGCAGGUCCUUUUGCAGUUUAAGGACAGCGACCUCUCACAUGUUCAGAACAAAAGUGCCUUCAUUUGUGGUGUGAUGAAGACAUACAGACAGAGAGAGAAACAAGGGACCAAAGUGUCAGACACCAGCAAAGGACCAGAUGAAGCCAAAAUCAAAGCCUUGCUGGAUAGGACUGGCUACACACUUGAUGUCACAACAGGCCAGAGGAAGUAUGGGGGUCCACCACCAGAGUCCGCCCACUCUGGGGCACAGCCGACAGUUGGUACAGAGAUCUUUGUUGGCAAAAUUCCACGAGAUCUAUUUGAAGAUGAGUUGGUUCCGCUGUUUGAGAAAGCAGGCCCUAUCUGGGACUUACGUCUGAUGAUGGAUCCCCUCAGUGGCCUGAACAGAGGUUAUGCCUUUGUCACUUUCUGCACUAAAGAAGCUGCACAACAAGCUGUCAAAUUGUGCAAUAACAAUGAAAUUCGACCAGGUAAACACAUUGGUGUUUGCAUCUCUGUGGCAAAUAAUAGACUGUUUGUUGGCUCCAUCCCUAAGAGCAAAACAAAAGACCAGAUUGUUGAAGAAUUUGCAAAGGUCACAGAGGGUCUAAAUGAUGUCAUAUUGUACCACCAGCCAGAUGAUAAGAAGAAGAAUCGAGGCUUUUGCUUCCUUGAAUACGAAGACCACAAGACAGCAGCUCAGGCCCGACGACGGCUAAUGAGCGGCAAAGUGAAGGUGUGGGGGAAUGUGGUGACUGUGGAGUGGGCAGAUCCCAUCGAGGACCCUGAUCCGGAGGUGAUGGCGAAGGUCAAGGUGCUAUUUGUGAGGAACUUGGCAAGCACCGUUACAGAAGAGAUACUUGAAAAGACCUUCAGUCAGUUUGGCAAGUUGGAACGAGUGAAGAAAUUGAAAGACUAUGCUUUUAUCCACUUUGAGGAAAGAGAGAGUGCUGUGAAGGCUUUGACUGAUCUAAAUGGAAAAGACCUUGAAGGAGAGCAAAUUGAAAUAGUCUUUGCCAAGCCCCCUGACCAGAAGCGCAAAGAGCGCAAAGCCCUAAGACAAGCCGCUAAAACACACAUGUUUGAUGAAUACUACUACUAUGGGCCUCCUCAUGUGCCUCCACCUACAAGAGGUCGAGGGCGAGGAGGACGGGGUGGUUAUUCCUAUGCUCCUGAUUACUAUGGAUAUGAAGACUAUUAUGAUUACUAUGGAUAUGAGUAUCAUAACUACCGGGGAGGUUAUGAGGACCCGUACUACGGCUAUGAUGACUUUCAGGGGUCUGGAAGGGGACGAGGGGCGAGGGGAGGAGUCCGCAACAGUGCUAAUCAGACCAGAGGUCGCGGUACCAUCACACCAAGAGGUCGAGUCGGGUAUUCCCAACGAGCAGGCCCUGUGGUGAGCAGAGCAGGGAAACGAGGCCGAGGGCGGUCCUGACCUGCCAGAGUGGGUACUGACUUGAUGUGUGGGGUUACACCAUAAGCUGCAAUGGAUGUUGACACAGAGUGUGACGUAAAGGUCUAAUGAUAUUCCAGCCUUACAGAAGAAGCAUCUCCCCUUCCGUGUGCUUGGUUAUUUUUUUUUUUUUACCCCCCAACUGCCACCUUUAUAAAGAAGAUAAGAUUCUUAAUACCUGCCUCCCACUUGUGUCUGCCCUGAGCCCCUUGUCUCCAGACCAGCUACCAUGUAUUGCCCUAACAAUCCACCUCUUCCCUGUCCCUAAAUAUGCCAUUUAAAAAAAAAAGUAAUUAUUAAAGGAAUUUGCACUUUUUAAGUUUCUUAGGUUUGAAGUGGCUCGAAAGAGCUUGAUGCUAUUGUAUAUUUUUGUGCUAAUUGCAAUUUUUAUUGUUGGAAUAUCCAUGUUAAUCAUUUGAUCUGGAUGUUUGAAAGAGAACUUUUGCAGGUUUUUAGGGUGUACCCACCUGGUAUGAAUAAGUCAGGCAUUCCAGGAAAGUGGUUCUUUUAAGAACUUGUCUUUAAAGGGUUGGUUGACUACCUCAGUACAGAGGACUAAACUACCCGGCCUGUACUGUAAAUAGGGAAACUAUAUUGAUGAAAGCAGGGCUUGUUUGCUUACAAGAUAUGCACAAGAGCUGCAGUGCAAAAACGAUGUACUUAAUGUAAUAUAGUCAUUUUAGCUGGAGCACUGACACUGCAAACAGUCAAACUGGGCAUGCAAAAUGAUCUCAUAUGAUGAGUCUGAACAAGCCCUGCUUUUAUCCUAUUUUGAACUGAAUUAGCUGCCUUGCUUCUUCAGAGUAUGUAGUUACAGGUUGUAUAGUUCUUUUUUUUUUCUUUUUUUUUUGGGAUAAAAUGUUACUUUUGUAAAGGCUUCAACAUCAGGCAUCUAACUGCCUUUGAUUAAAAAAAAAAAAUUAAAACCUUAAAAAAAUGCCCUGCAGUGUCCCUUUUUUUUGCCACUGUAAUAUUCCAGUGCAUCUGGUUUUAUAUUGAUGAGGAUAUGUUGUCAGAAUGAUAUAGAUGUACUUAAUCAGUCGUAAUCAUGCAGUCUCGCUUGAUCCCGGCUCCAGAGACGGUUAACGUGUAGGAGGUGUUUUGCCUGUAUCUUGAUGGUUGACUGAAUUGCCAUAUUUUCCCAGCCAGUGAACACGUGUGCCUAACGUGAGCUGCUCUGGUUUGGCGAGGGAUCAGCUGUACAGUGGUAAAGGGAUACUGCAGUGAAUGAUUUCUAUUUCCACGUAUAGCAACAAGGAAACUGCUAUUCAAUCCCAGUUUUCUAUACAGUUAACUCCCUCGAUAACUCAUUAACAACCACCUUUUGGAAAAAAAAAUGCUAGCAGUUUUAAACUAUUGUUGGUGGCCAACGUUUUUUGCAUUCCUGCAAAUAAAUUGUUUUAUACUGUAAAAUGGAGGUGAGUGUAACUUAUUUUUGUAAUAAAGUUUUUGAUUUUUA